UAUGCCCCAAGGAGUCGAUGCUAUUUAAAUGUAUGAUUAAGGUUGUAGUUGUGAGGAAUUGUGUGAAAAAGGUCCUGCUCGCUUGCACAAGCCCCCACACAGAGGAUCAGUGGAUCAGAAAAUGGAGGCUGAGCUGAAGAAUGUUCUUUUCAGAGCUGGAGAUCGGUUGAAAGUCCAAGGGAGGAUUCAUUCUGAUGCUAAAAGGUUCCAAGUUGACCUAGGUUCCAGCUCCAGUGAACUAGCUCUUCAUUUUAACCCUCGUUUUCAUGAUGGUGAUGACAAGGCGCCAGUGCUGGUGUGUAAUUCAAAGUGUGAUGGAGUCUGGAACAAGGAGCAAAGGGAAACACACAACCCUUUCCAGCCAGGCUCCACUUUUAAGGUUGUAGUGAAGCAUGCGGGAGGACUGUUUGAGGUGAUGUUACCUGAUGGGCAUGUGAUUGAGGUCCCCAAUCGGCAAGGGCUGGAAGUCAUCACUUAUAUUCGUAUCAAGGGUGAUAUUAGCCUCACUUCUUUUAAGCUGAAAUGAGAACAGUGUUAUCCUGAGAAAAACAGGCCCUCUGCUGUUCAGAAUAUAAAAUGCCUUGUGCUACUGGAUAAUUAUAAAACUAACAAACAACCAAACCAACAAACAAAUAUGUACAACAUGUGUAGAGGUGGCUUGUAUCAAUUGGCUGUCAAUUAUUCAAAAUAUCACUAUACGAUUUUUGGCAACCACAUUGCCUUAUUUGUGAUUAACAAACAUUUUAAAAGGAUUAAUUUGGAUUUUGUGGAUUGUUUGUGAUUUUUGUGGGCUAUGGGAGGUAUUUUGUGCCAAAAAUAAAAUUAAAAUUAAAACACAAAAAUUAAAAUGUUCACCCCAUUCGCUAUUUCUCUUCCCAUAUAUGUAUGUAUUUCAUUAUCCCAAAAUGAAAAUGAAAUAAAAUAACUCCAUUUGCAUUUAAAUUUUCCAUGUAAGCCUGCAACAUUAGUGUCAAAAAUAAAACUAAAACCAAAACA